AUGAUGAUGACUGAAAGUGAGAGAAAACGGAGGAUUGAAAGGAGGAAGGAGACGUUGUUCAAGCAAGCUAAAGAGCUUUGUGUGUUGUGCGAAGUGGAGGUUGGGAUUGCAAUGUUUAGUCCCAGUGAGGGAGGAGGUCCGAUUGUUUGGCCUUCUCUGGAAGAAGCGAGGAAGAAAUUGUUGGAGUUUUGGGCGCUUCCGGAGGUGGAGAGAGUGAGAAAGAUGGUGACCCAUGAGAGGGUUUUGACGGAUUGGGUUAAUGAUGAGAUGAGGAAGAUGCAGAAGAGGGAGAAUGAAGUGGAGAGGAAGGAGAUGAAUGUGGUGAUGAAUCAGGUCAUCCAGGGACAAAGGAGAUUGGAGGAGAUGGAUGCAAGGGAGCUUUUAGGUUUGUAUACUUUGGCUAAUGAGAAGAUGCAGGAGCUGGAGAAGAGGAAGCAAGAUCUGCUGAAGCUGCAGCAGAAUGUCGACCACGGCGGCUCUUACUACGCUCCUCCGCCAGCACCGGCGCCGGAUUCUGCAUCUUGGUUCGUUCCGGCCAUGGCGGCUCCGCCGGCUCUCCACGGCGGCGGUGAGGGUAGCCAUCAUGUAGGCUCAUCCUCGACUAACAAUGGCGGUGGUGGUAAUAAUUAUGGUCAUCAACUUCCUGAUUUCGAUCAAGUUUGGCCUUUCAACUUCCCAUCAUCUUUCUAA